AUGCUCCGAUCAUCCCGCCGAGUGGUCGCAAGCGCGAGGAGGGCAUACUCAACGCAGGCAAAUACACGCGAAGCUUGGCUCUACGUCGACUCGGUAUUCCCAGUCCAAAUUGCGCGAUGGGAUCUUCGUCACUAUAUUGGAAUCUUCCGUCAAGAACACCUUCUUGAUGUCCUUCGGACCCGUUUAGAGCACCUAUCCUCAGUCCACAACUUUAAACCGCUCGAGCUGCAGCCCCAGCGCAAGGAUGGUGGUGUGUUUGUUCGUUUCUCGUACACUCCUUCCGAAGACGCGGACGUCAACGAUGCGAGACAAUUGUCUGUGUUAGAGAAUGCUCUCAGAGAGGAGGCCAGCGCGCGUGGUGCUCUGCCCACCUGGCUAGGGAUUGGAAGCGGAGAUAUCUGGCUAGUGCGGGGGUCACCUUGGAAGGAGGAUAUGAACCGUUUUGCAUCUACCAUUGUAAAGUUCACAUUCGACGGUCCUGAUAUUCAAGAGCAGUCCCUGUACGAGUUGUGCCGGCCUUACGGCAAAAUCAACGACAUCACUCCACCCUCCGUCAUUCCUGCUGGUGUACCUCGGUCAGCAACGGUGACCUUUCAUCGUAUACAUUCCGCCACCAUCGCCCGCAAUGUUAUUCACGGUCUCGCCGUACCCUCUCAAUCUAGCAACUCGCCCAUAGUGACCCGCAUACGUGCCCAGUAUCAACGUCCGCUCGAGACUCAUGCUAUCAGGAACUGGAUGUCGAGCCACCCAAAGAUCAUGCUGCCUAUUAUUGUGUUCUUGCUUGGCUCCAUAACUUAUACGAUAUUUGAUCCCCUUCGCGCGUUCAUGGUCGAGGCGAAGAUGAUGGAUUGGUUCGACUACAGAAAAUCCAAGCUGUACCAAUGGUUGCGCGUCAACACCCUCGAACGGUUCUCAGGCACCUUCGGCGUUGCACAUCACGUCGAUCCAGCCACGGGAGUGUGGAAGGAGCGCAAAGAUGCAGAGGCAGCAGUGAAGGCCUACCUUGCCGACAUGCCGGGCACAAUCGCCUUCGUUCACGGCCCACAGGGAAGUGGGAAGAGUUCGAUGCUCAGGGUCGUCCUUGAAGAAUCCGGGAGAAAUGCGCUCAUUAUUGACUGUCGAACGCUCAACAAUGCAACUUCUGACUCCGCUCUGGUCUCUGGUCUUGCUAACCAGACUGGGUAUUGGCCCGUCUUCACUUUCCUCAACUCCAUGAACAGUCUCAUUGAUCUCGCCAGCGUUGGGCUCAUUGGGCAGAAAGCUGGCUUAAGCAGCUCCAUACCCGACCAGUUGAAGCAAAUUCUCGCAGUCGUAACGGCUGGUCUCAGACGCGUGUCCGCGUCACAUCACUCAACCAUACAGCGACAUAUCAAACAAGAAGAAAAUCUGGAGGCUCACAGGAUACAAGAAGCUCACAUACGACGGUCUAUCCGAGAAGGGCGAUGGCAUGAUGGCAGGCUAGACUGCAUAGCAGGGAAUGGUGUAAUGUCCGAACUGGGUGUCGGAGACGAGCCUUUCGGGGAGGACAUGAUAGUCCGAAUCCCGGAAGAACAGGACGAGGAGCAAACAAUGGCAGAAAAAGAUCACGCCAUCCGAAGACAGACAACGCAGGAAGACGUAGAGGCUAUCAGGUCUUUACCUAUCGUGGUCAUCCGGAACUUUGCCUUAACGGCAGGUUCAACAUCACGCGAGGAGAUGCUGAAUGUGCUGGCGCAAUGGGCAGCUACUUUAGCUGAAAACCAUGUCGCGCAUGUCAUCGUGCUCAGCGACAAUCGCGAGAAUGCAAAGCGGCUAGCAAAAGCACUUCCGUCGAAACCACUCCAUUCGGUGGCUCUAUCGGAUGCGGAUUCGGCAAGUUCCCUCUCGUUCGUGAAGCAGAAGCUCCAGGACGCGGGCAUCGACGUUGGGAUUUCGGGACAGGAAUCACGACAUGUGGAGCGUCUUGGUGGGCGCGCAAGUGAUCUUGAGAGCUUGAUUCACAAAGUUCGGAGCGGCAUGAGCAUCGAAGAAGCUGUGGAAGACGUCAUUAGCCGAGGAGUUGCAGAGCUGCGCAAGAACGCGUUUGGAGAUGAUACGGACGACGCCAAGGGUUUGCCCUGGACGCGAGAGCAAGCAUGGAAGGUGCUGAAGGUGCUGUCCAAGGCUCCUGAGGUGGGAUACUAUGAUCUGCUCGUCGAUUUCCCCUUCAAGGGAGAUGAGGGCGCUCUGAGGAAUAUGGAGCAUGCGGAACUCAUUGCUAUUGGAACCAAGGAUGGACGACCGUCAAGCAUUCGACCAGGGAAGCCAGUUUUCCGAUGGGUCUUCGAGCGCGUUGUGAACGACAAAAUCUUCCGAGCAACGCAAGAGCUUGGGUACAACGAGAAGCAAAUCUCAGAGGCGGAAGGGAAGAUCAAAGGUUAUGAGCAGGAGUUAGCACUGCUGGUGGAGACGAUGAAGAACGAGAACCGACGGUGGUGGCAGUUCGGACGUAGCGCGUGUCGGGAGCGGGCACGGUAUGUCGGUGACAAGCUGGUCACUGCAGAACGGAAGGUGGAGGUGCUAGAGCGGAAGAACAGCGAGCUGAAGCGAACAUUGGCAAGGGGGGAGUAG